AUGGAUCAGUUAUCGCCCCUCAAUCACAAUAUCUCGAUCCAGGCCGCAUUCCAUCACCAGGUCCGCCAAUACGGACAGGAACUCAUUUCGUUUGUUUCCGCUGAGAUGCACCGGCCACCCUUGGGUCUCUCGGUUACGCUGGAGACCAUAGAAUGGCCCGAGUCGCUGGUCAACUGGGUGUGGUUCGUUGGCAGCGCCGACUCGGCCACCGAACAGGCUGUCAUGCGCUUCUUUCAGACGGACGUUGGAAAGAGGGCGCUGAGCGCAGACACGACUGAGUUCAAGUUCGUCGCGUCUGAGUUUCAAUCACCACCGCCUCAUUCCCAGACGGAUGUCCCAGUUGCCACUGGCGGUGAACUACCGGCAGCGUUCACCGUUGCCAUCGCUCCCCUCCAGGGCAGCCAGGAAGUUGUCAUCAUGUCUGAGUCUGCAUCGCUGCCUCACUCCCAUACCUGCAUUUCAGGGAUGACCGGCGGCUGGUUGUUGGUCUCCCCCACCAGUCACUUCUCGCAAGUUCUGCUUGUCAAACCUCGGGACCAACAAGCCCACGCUGAUCCCAGAUAUCUGCGAGGAUGGCUUGUUGAUCCCGCCAGGUCAAUGGUGUAUGGGCGCGUUGCUGCAAUUGUUGCGAAUUGCGGUUAUCUGGUGACACCCUUGACCGGUCAUGCAGCUUGAGGGAGAAAGUGCCCGAACGGCGGUUUUAUGCGCUCGACAGGAUCAAAUGAAGAGCCAAAACCAAGCAACAAGGACAAAACGAAGUCGAGUAGGAGGCCGUCGUUGCGUUGUUUCUCAUUCCGUAACAGUCCAUGUCUGUGACUCCUCCUGUUGUCUGGUGUCUCUGCUGCCGGUUCACUGCCAGACAGCCCUUUAUCGAGCAUGUUUCCGCCUGUUCAAGUCUCGGCUACACAAUUCUUACCACGGCAUCCUCCCCCUUGCCCAGGAAACUGUGCAGCCAUCCCCAAGGCACCGGGUGUGGCGGCCAGCCAAAGACUUCCACCAUGCCGAUGCGUCUGUACAGAUGCCCGUCCUCAUGCAGGGCCUGGUCUCGAGCCAUGGAGUUUUCUUCCG